AUGAAACCUAGUGGUCUGCAUUUGCAGAAUGUCUGUUUUGCAGAGAAGUGUAGCAAGCAACAACACCCCCCCCCAAAAAAAAACACCCAGGAAAAGGCAGAAGAAAAGGUGCAUUUGCAGAGAAAUCUGCAGCACGAAGAGGAGUGUCUUUGUCUCAGUGCUGGCAGCCGGAGAAGCUGGCAGCACCUCGAACAAGCCACUCGGCUGGCCUCAAAUCUCUCCCGGCGGCCUGAGAGAGAAGAGCUUCCUGGCCUCCAUUCGCAAGUAAGAACUGGAGGGGAAACGGAUUUUGCAUUUCCCAACGCGGACAGUUCCAAGGCGGGCGGCUUGCCGGGGGGCUUCGGCGGCGGCGGCGGAGGAGGCCGAGGCUAG